AAAGGAGAGUGCUAACUACGCACUCACACAGCUGUUUGCCAUACCAAUUAGACGUGAGCCGAAACAAAAACAAUUCGAGCACAACUUUCGAUGGCUAGGUUUGCAAGUGCCAAUAUAUGAUCAACCAUCGAUUGAAUAAUUAAGCUAACUGAGUAGGGUAUUAUUGCAGUGUGUGAAGCCGAAGAAUCAAAUAAAAUUUGCUGAAUUCGUGAUUACUGCCCACAAGCACGAGCAUUGUGUCUGUGUGUGUGUUUACGCUUCUCAUAUCGUCGUCUGGUUGUUAAAAGAACAACAACAAUGCAUGAAAAAAGAGCUUCAAUCAACCAUUUUUGUUCGUAUUGUGUUUUCAACGAGCACACACCAACACACACACACAAACAAACAAUCGCUGAGCGUGGAGCGCUUUAAAACAGAAACUGAAAAAUUACAGUAGCCGAACAGCACUCAGAACAACAACACCCAUCUGAAAUUAUAUGGCAAGAGGCGAGAGCGAAUUAAAGUAAAUCGCAAAUAAUAAAAAAUUGUGGAAUCUCUGAUGCAUCGACGACGACAAUCCUAAAACGAGGCUCGGGAUUCUUUGUUUCCAGUUGAAGGAAGUUGUGGAAAGCAAGCAGUGCAAGCUGCUGUUGCUCUUCUUCAUGCCUUGCCCUUCCAUACGAAAUAAGUACAACUUCAAAGGAAACCCCUAGCUUAUAUUCACUGGACGGCUGGAGAUAUAUUUUAUCGGGCGAGUAAAUAUGGCGGCGCCUAUCGGAACAUUAGCUGCUCUUGUUGUUGUUCUUGUUACGAUUGUGAUUUGUGGAUGUACGAAAUCGGCAUCGUCCGCGGGAUUGAUGCACCCAAUUAUCCCACAAAUCGAAGUGGACGCUCUGCGCACCGAGUAUAUUGCACUGGAACGUGCCCUGUGGAGUUAUCUGACCAAAACGGCCAAUAGCCAUAACAAUAAGGAAACCCAAAUAAGGAAAGUAUACGAUUCGCAUCGCGAUUUCGAUGCGAAACCCCAAAUGAGACAUACCUUUGAGGAGCAUCGCUACGAGAUCCUUAAUCACUAUGAAUGGUCGCUGCUGGAAAGGGAUCUCAUAUAUAUCAGCAAGCUUUACGAUGCCUACAAGGACACCUUUGUCAAGCAGAACAACAGCGUCGAAUUGGAUGAACUGGCCGUCUUAAAUCUCGCCGGAGCAAUCCUGCGCAACGAUAACACCGCCUCAAUGCCACGAAUCCUGCAGGAAAUCGAGCGAGUGAUGGUUUCUCAGACCCUCUACUACCGAGCCAUGAUAGUGUCCACCAAUCAAAUUUGCACUACCAUGCAAUCGGCCCAGCAGUUUAUUUACUCGCUAUAUGCAGAUAUAGCCCUCACUGAACUGAAAGCCUACACCAUGAUGGAGUUCUCGUGGAUGAUGUUGCGGGUCUACGGGAAGGGCAACUACACCCAGGAGGCGGAACUCAUGCGUUCCGACUAUGAGAAGAGGACAGAGCGCACGCUGAAAAUGCUCAAGGAUGUGAUGCUACGAGCUGAUCGAAUCGUUUACCGCUGUGAUCCGACAAAACAUGUCCAGGGUGUCACCUACGACGAGGUUACCCGGCUUCUUCAAGGCUAUAUCGAAAACGAAGUGGAUUUGAAUAACGAGGAAACUUGCCGAGAGACGUGCAGCUUUUAUCAGUCGACCCGCAGCGAAGGCUGCUUCAAGGAACUCUAUUGUUCCCGUCAGCCGAAAUGUAGUGGUCGCCUAUACAACUGCCAGUUCGUAGACUCCGACAUGUGGGUGUGCCCGUCGCCACAAAACAGCACCAGGCGCUACGAGUACAUCGAGUACGAGAACGGACGCGUCCUUGGCAAGCGGGGUAAGUGCACCAGGGGCACAACCAAGGUGGACAGCUGGUGGCGUUACCUCCUCUGGCACUGCAGCUACUGCUUCUGCCUGUGCGACGAGGAGGGUCUGAAGUCGGAUCGUUUCUUCAAUCUGCGGGAUACGAUCGCCGAUGUCAAGCGCAACCGAGUCGUGACUGGUUUGCGUUUUGUAAAGCAAAAUCGCAUUUUCCACCUGCAAAUCCAGGAGGGCGAACUCCUGCCGCGUGGCACUGUCAAUCAAAGCACUCUGGAGUGGAAACCCGUGGAGAAGUACAACGUCUUUGAUCGUCAUGUGAAGAAUGGCGUUGACUAUCACAAGUUGAGCUACGAGAAUCGCACCAUCGAUCUGGACGAUGUGGAUACGGAGGACAAUUCCUUUGUGGUUACCGGCGUGCGAUUCCGUGUGAUAGGCACCCAUCUGAAUUUGGAGGCUUACUACAGUGAGUUUGAUUUCCGGACGGGGCAGCUCAUCCAGCCGGAGGGCAAUAGCUAUUGGAAGUCCAACGACAAUACCGAUGUCAGCGGUACACGCAGGCAGAAACUUAAUCUGAACAACGCCGACGUGUCUACGCGGACAAUUGCACCCUCGAUACCUCUAUCGCGGCACAAUCAGUACAUCGACUUCACGAACACCGGAAUGGACAAGGAUGCCGCCCAGAGCACUGUGCCCUUCAUUGACAUCCAGGACGUGAUCUCGAAUCCACCAGUACCACUAGCCGGCAUUGGCAUCUACUACAAGGGCCGCAACAGCUACGGCGGCUUCCUGGGGCCCAAGAUCAUCACCUAUGAUUUCACGCCCCACGUUCAGGUGCCAAAUAAUAAGUUCUAAGAGUCGGAGAAGCGGUGCUGUUCCAUCCCGCACAUAUUUCAUAGCUUUUUUAGUUGUACACUACCUAUCAAUACACACUUGCAUUAACUGUCGCAUAGUCUAAGUGAGAUUGGAAGAGAACGAAGCGCAAGAGAUGCAGAAUCAGGCAAGGCAAGAGAAUAUAAAAACAAACUAUAUUGGAAUUUAGCCAUAACAAAAGAAAUAAAGAGAAUUUGAAUCUGAGAACCCACAGAA